AUGAAUAAUCAGUUCAACCAAUCCCCUCAGCAGCCCUUGUACUACAAUGGGAGCCCAUUGCUCCAGUCAAGCCCAGCUUUGGGUCAACCAUCCCAGAGUCUUCCCCCGCAGGGCCAUCCGGUACUUCAAAGUCAAGCUAGAGGAGCUCAGAACUCUCAGACGUCUCCCCAAGUCGAUAUGAUGCAGAGGCAGCUCGCUUCCCAGAUGAACGGGUUUCAUAUCCAGACCCCAGUCACGGAGUACGUCCCAGCGUUUGCACCGGUUAGUGCUCAGCAGCAGCAGCAGCAGCAGCAGCAGCAGCCCAUCCAGUACAUGCCUGAACAUGUAGACAACAACGUGGUGUACCAGCAGCAGAUAUCCCAGCUCCAGCCGCAACAGCAACAGCAACAGCAACAUAUUCACCAACAGGGCCAACCACACAACGCGCAAGUGCCUGGCCACAUCCCACAAGGGUCACUUCCUCAUGGUCUUCCCAUGGGUGGCCCUCCUACCUUGAGCGAUCAACAAAAUCCCAUAACACCCCCACAAUUCCAGCAAUCGCCAAGAUCUGGUAUGUCGACGUUCUCUCCUGAUUACCCAGUGACUUCCCGAAACUCGACCGUAGGUGUCCCACCAUCGCAGCAUAUUAGAAAUUCGUCCCUAGAUGAAAAGCUCAAGCAAUCCAGAGGCUCGAUGCUGAAGGAAGAAGCAGAGGCUGAACUCACCAUUGAAGAUAUUCUCAAUAGUGAUCCCUUUGACAGUAGCUUGACUAAUGAUAAUAUCGUCUCACCAAUGCAUAACUAUACACACAACGAAGAAGAUGAGGAUGUUUUAAUAUCAAGCUUCAUAGAUUUGGAGAGCAGUACUAGCCCAUCUAUGCCGUUGGGCUUGGGUUUGGAUUUUAAUUUGGACCCACCGAAAAGACAACACUAUCUGGCCCUGCUGCUGUUAUCACAAAAAUCUAAAAUGCAUACAUCCUCCUCUCCCAAUACCUCCAGUGUACCCACAAACAUCACCACCAUGUCACCAACCACCCCCAUAGUUCCCCCACAGGCACCAUUCAGCCAUUCUAAAACCAGCUCAGUUGAUGCUAGGUCUCCUAAGAGGAUUUCUACUUCACCUUCGAAGUCUCAUACAUUUAAUGUUUCUAAAAAGCAGAUACGAAAGUCCAGUUCUUUCACUGGUGGAGUGCUCCUGAGCCCUGUAGGGCAGGGGCAGUCCAGCCUGGCAGGAGUGGCAGCACCCUUCCAAGUUCAUCUUUCCAACUCUGGAACCAUUAAGCAGCAACCACAGUUUUCACUCAGCGACUGCUCCAAUUCAUUUUCUAUUAUCUCGAACUCCACCGAGAAUUUCUCUUUCGUGAUGGAAAUGGCUCCAACGUCUCCAUCUACAGUUCAGACUACGCCGACAAUGCAAAGUUCAGCUUCAAAUAAAUUACGGAGAAAAUCCCUAUCUAAAAUUCAGCCUAGAUCUAUAGAGAAGCCAGGUUUGAGAAAGACCCAGUCGUCUUACUUUGCCCUGGACCUUGAGGCCCAGCCUCAAAAGGUAUUGAAGGGGAUGAAUGACGGAGUGGUUAUUUUCCAGCUAAAUAAUUCCAGAAAGUAG